AUAUAUGACAAAUCCGAGUUUAGUCAAUUAUAAAUUGAAAUUGAACUAUAAAUAUUCGUUGUUAAAUAAAAAAUUCAAUUAAUUUAUCUAUUUAAUAAUAAUAUGAAUUUAUUUAUUUAUAAAAGAAGAAUAAUCAGAUUUAAAUUAUUUCUCAGAUCAAUAUUUUCAUAUAUGUUUUCAAUUAUAUCAUAAACAACGUUCGAAUUAAUGUCUAUAUGUUGUAAUGCUUGGAAAAAUAAUCAAACAAUAUAAUAAAUUCUAAAUAGAUUUAAUUCAAGGUGAUUAUAAAUGAGUAACUAGAAUUGAUGCAUAUGAUUUAUUUUUAUAUUGAGUUUAAAGUGAUGCCUUUUUCUUUAAAUAUAAUAUAUGAAUUUAUUUUAAAAUCAACGCAUUAAACAAUGACUUAGAUCGAUAUGCAUUUAAAUUGAAUUUAGAUAUUAAUUUAAAUCAUUUUCUCUAUUUAUUUAUUUAAGAUAAAUUAUUUAAAUAUUUCGUAUAUUUUAUUAUGAUUAAAUAAAUCUGAUAGUUGAAAAAGAAAACAAUUAUCUAUGAUAUUAUAAUAAAUGUUUAAUAAGAGUAUUAUCUAAAGUAAUCUUUUCACAUAUUGAUUAUUUAUUUUAAAUAUUUUCAUCUAAUUUUAUAUUAUUCUACCGACUAAAUCAAUAUCAAAAUUGAUUAAUUAAUCUUCUUAUUGAACUUAAUAGAAAAUUCUAUCAAUUUACUAAACAAUUGUUAACAUUCUUCCAUUUCUAAGUUAACUUCGAUGAUUUUUAUCAGUUAUAUAGAAUCAACUUUGAUUUGAGGGUGUGGGUGUGAGUAUGAGUAAAGAGAGCAAUGACAUUCGCAGCCACACCUACACCCCAGAUACACACGCAUAUCCACACCCUUCUAUUGCAUUAUUAUUCCUUGUGUUAAUAAAAUGCAAAAAAAUUUAAAAAAUUAUGAAUUAAUAUUCGGUUACGCAAGUCAUAUAUUGAAACGAGCGAGAUUAAAUUAAAAAAACAAAAAAAUCAAGAAUCGUAUGAUUACUGAUUAAAAUAUUUUAAUAUUUAGUGCAAUUGAUAAACAAUUGAAUAACUCGUAAAUGUGUUUUAUUAUCAAUAUUGAAUGUGGCUUUAUUUCAACGUAGUAGUAUUUUUAUAAAUAAUUCAUAUUCAAUCUAUACUCUUUUGUUGGCUUAUAUUUGUUGCUUUUCGAAUACAUUAUCAGUAAGAAAAAAACAAAAUUUAUGUUUUUUCCUAUAUGAUUUAUAAUUCGUAUAAUAGUUAUCAGUUUUCUUUAUUGCUUUUGGAUCAUUAUGUGGAUGGAUUUAUGUUGGUGUACUUGGCUAAUUAUGUGACUUAGUAUUGCUUUUUGUUCGUAAAUUAUUUUAUAUUGUUAAGUAUUCCAAUAGCUAUUGAUAUUGUAUUUCGUCAUCAACAUUAUAUUGAUUUUAUAAAAUGGAGUAUCGUAUCUGGUUUAAUAACAUUAAUUCCAUUAACUUUAAUUGAUUGA